GUGUGUCGCGUGCAGACUUAGGAGUAGUGGAGAAGCGCGUGAGCCUCCUCGGAGCUGCAGCUUGUUGAAGGUGUUUAACCCAGCAGAACACUUUAAAAAAUGGCAGCCUCUGAAGAUAUUCAGGUGAAGGAGCUGGACAAGCGAGCAUCCGGCCAAGCGUUUGAGGUCAUCCUUGGUGCUCCUGCCCCUGAUGGGAAAGGCGACUUCCCUCUGUCUCCCCCCAAAAAGAAGGAUGUCUCGCUGGAGGAGAUCCAGAGGAAGCUGGAUGCUGCAGAGGAGAGGCGCAAGACCCAUGAAGCAGAGGUUCUGAAGCACUUGGCAGAGAAGCGUGAACACCAGAAGGAAGUGCAGCAGAAGGCUAUGGAGGAGAACAAUAACUUCAGCAAGAUGGCCGAGGAGAAGCUCCAGCAGAAGAUGGAGGCCAACAAAGAGAACCGCACAGCGAUCAUGGCAGCCAUGAAUGAGAAAUUCAAAGAGAAGGACAAGAAGCUGGAAGAGGUGAGGAAGAACAAAGAAACUAAAGAUCCCUCAGAAGAAACCUCGGAGGACUGAAGGCAACAAACGAGGGAUUGUUUACUGUUUUUUUUUUUUUACGUAUCCAAAGAUUGCUUUAUUUUUAUUUUUUUGUUCACCCGGUAUCGUUUUUCACUAUUCACCUUUUUGAAAUACAAGUUGUGACUAUUCCAGAUCUCCUGCUAGAAGUGUACUUGCGCUGGUAGUUCGUGUGGAUCAUUCCUCCUGGUGUUCUGUGACCAUCUGAUGCGUAGCUUUCGUCACUGCAGCUUCAUCCCCCUUCCUUUUUUUUUUUAAAAUGGAAAAUUAAUGGCGUGUCCUUGCCUUCUUGGGAAGCAUGUUUCUAUGCAUCAAUCUUUUUAUUGCACCCGUUUCAUAGUGCGUUUUUAAAACCGUCUGUGAACCACACCUGUUCUCGGCACUUCCUGUAUAUUUAAAAAGUAGCACAAGGUUCUAUCGAGGUGUCGGCUCUUCGGUACGCGGGUGUCUCUAACGCAGCCUUGCUACCCAGAUUCUGCUCAUUUUUCUCGUGCAGGUCGUGUUUUUGUGCCACUUCUGAUUCUUGGCUUUUUGUAAAUAAAAGAAGGGUGUUAUCUUCAAAGCACA